AAUGAGUUCCGAUAGAUUUUCAAGCGUGUGUGCACUGGUGCCUCCACGGAUGUUGUUUGUUACUACUUGAAUACUCGUGUACUCCGAGUGUGUUUUCUUCUCAUGCCAUUUGCGAUUACUGUGACCAGUGUGUUCAGCCUUCUACGGUGGAAGUCUUCUAAUAGUUUCGGAAAUCAGGUAUCGAGUGUUCGAAAGGCAGCGGAAUCGUGUCCAGGAAAAGUCUCUGCAAAAUAAUGCUUCACCCGUCGACGAUCAGCAUGGAUUUCCAACAAGUGCCGUUGAGCGAAGUGGAUGAUACGUUCUUCUUCGAUGAGAACAAGGAUGCCAUAGCCUACUACGAUUUGGAGCCUCUGACCAACACCCUCGGCUCGAUUCCCGGCGUUCAGAGUGUUCCCGGCACGUCAUACUUCAACAUGAUGACCCCACCUCAGAUUAAUUUGCCACCUGAGUUCAUGCAGGCCGAUCUCAAUCACCAUGCCUCAAUGCAAGGCGUACCAAUGCAAACGAAUGACAUGCUGCUUAACAGCUGGCUGUCGGCGACGCCUCAGCAACAGCUCCCUCAGAGUAUGGAUAACGAUUACAGAGAAAAUCUGCCCCCGUGCAAGGAGGAAGCGGAAGAGCUCCAUGACCUCGACGCGUACCAAAUCCAAGGAUGGAAUCAGAGCAUCCCUCGACAGCCGCAUCUUGUUCAGACGACGCAAGACCCACAAAUCAACACGCAACUUCUGUUUGUCGCAUCCGAGGAGACUGAUGGCCAUUCCACCUGUAGCUCCAACGUGUCCACCCCUGAUUCGAAUUACACAUCGGAACCCAGAACCACUUCGAACGCAAACAAAGGAAUGGGGAAACUUUGGGAGUUCAUCAGAGAUCUUCUCCUCAAUCCAGAGACGAAUCCAUCGCUGAUCAGGUGGGAGCGUCGCGAGGAUGGCGUUUUUAAGUUCGUCCAGAGCGACAAAGUGGCCAAAAUGUGGGGAGAUCGCAAGCAAAACCCUCGCAUGACCUACGAAAAACUCUCGAGAGCCAUGAGGUAUUAUUACAAGAGUCAGGUUCUCUUGCCUGUCUUCGGACGCCGUUUGGUUUACAAGUUCGGACCGAAUGCCACCGGUUGGCGACCGAGCUAAGUGAGCAAGCUAUGCGAGUAUGG